CAAACAUCAUCCACUGUCAACUUCGCCGCCUCCUUUCGCUCAUUCACGUCAUUCUCUUGCUGUUUCCUUGCGUGCUUUGUUACGUUCAUUCAAAGAAUAGUGCUUCUUCUGCCGUACCAUAAUAAAGCCUCCCUCCCACCAUGUCAAAUAAGAAGAUCGAGCAAUGGGAAAUUGAACGGUACUGGGAGAUCUUCGCAUCGCUUGCAGGCGGCCAGUCGCGCCUAAACAACUCCCAAGCCGCCUCCGUGCUGAGGAACAGCCGGCUCCGCGAUGACCAACUCGAGAAGGUCUGGGACUUGGCAGAUGUAGACGGAGAUGGAGAGCUGGACUUUGAGGAGUUCUGCGUUGCUAUGCGAUUGGUCUUUGAUUUAGUGAACGGGGAAUUACAAAGCGUGCCUCACGUUCUACCCGACUGGCUCGUUCCCGAAUCCAAGGCCCAUCUAGUCCAAGCAACACGAGCACUCAGCGACCGUCCGGAACAGUUUGAACGGAUAGAGGAUGAAGACGACACCCCGGGCCUCAAGGAUGGAUUCGAAUGGUAUAUGAACCCAGCCGACAAGUCUAAAUACGAGGAGAUCUAUCUGGCGAACAAGAAUCACCGCGGGGAAGUCACAUUCGAAUCACUGCAGGGUCUGUAUGACUCCCUAGACGUGCCGGACACCGACAUCCGCUCUGCAUGGAACCUCGUCAACCCCUCCGCCUCCCCCUCCAUCAACAAAGAUGCCACCCUUGCAUUCCUGCACAUCCUGAACUACCGCCACGAGGGCUUCCGCAUCCCGCGCACCAUCCCCGCCUCGCUGCGCGCCUCCUUCGAGAACAACAAGAUCGACUACCAGCUGGACAAUGCGCGGCCCGCCCAGAAAUGGGGUGCCAACGGCGACACCGAGACCGCGACCGGCCGAAAGGCCAAGUUCGGCGACACCUACCUGAGCCGCCUCGGCGCCGGCGGCAAGACCUCCUACACGCCUAAGGGCACGGACUUCAGCGACACCAUCCAGGACGAGGAGUGGGAGAAGGUGCGGCUGCGGCGCGAGCUGGCCGAGUUGGAGGCCAAGCUGGACGCGGCGCGCAAGGCGUCGGAAGGGCGCCGCGAUCGCCCCCGCAACGACGGCCGGCCCAACUGGGUGCUCAUCAAGAAGGAGGCUCACCAGUUACUGGAGUUCAAGGAGCGGGAACUGCGCGAGCUCCGCGAAGGGCUUGGUCGCUCCAAGGCCGGCCAGGACAUUGAGCGGUUGCGGGAGGACGUCAACGCCGUGGGCGAGCAGGUAGAGGGGUUGAAGAAGCACCUGGCACAGCGCAAGGAAGUGCUCGCCGACUUACGGCAGCAGAUCGACGAGCAGAAAAUGUCCCGGUAGUGUGUGUCUGGAGAUCUUACGCUGCGAAUCUCUCGUUCUUUGAAUAUAAUCCCUGUCUAUUCACCCCUUCAAUGUGCUCGUAUUGUUGACGGAGCUUUGUCGUGUCCCCCUCUUGCACUUUUGACUCUCAUCAUCAUCACGCUGUAUAGCCGACUCUUUCUUUCUACUUACUUCAUUUCUUAUAUCUUUGGGCAAGGAGCUCCAGGCGCUUAAAUGGAUGUUUUGAUAAUUAUGAUGCUCUCGCUUUUUUAUUUUCCUCGGCUUUUGGAACUCCCGCCCACCAACUCAACCAGGGCUGACAAGGCCUCUAUCUCUGGGCUGGUCAUAUAGUCUAGAUAUGCCAUUAUCCUUUGAUCAGAAUGCCG